AUGCGGCUGGCCGCGAAGGACUACAAGCCCCAGAGGUACUCCGCGAGGAGCAUGCGCAGCAGCGCGCUCCCCUCGCGGAGCAGCUGGGACUGCAAAUGGCACGUUGCUCGUAUGGGGGUCAGUGGAGGGGAGGAGAGAAGUGAGCCUAGAGCGACCGCCCGCUGCUUCGCGCCUGUGGUGGGAUGUUCCUCUCUUCGAAAGGUAGCGAAGUAUUUUUAUUAGCAUUAUUCCGGGGGGGGGCGUAUGAGGGAGAGGAGUUGCUGCCACUUCUUAUUUCUCUUCUUCCCGCGUUUCGUGACGUCUUGUGGGCCCAGUUUGGUGCGCGGGCUCCUCGUUCCUCUUAUUUCUUCGAAAGUCCUGCGCUGGUUUUUCCAGAGGAGGAAACUCCCCUCCUUACGCUCUCCCUCCAUGAAGGGAAGGCUGCAGGGAUCGGGGCGGCCGGCGUUAUUCGGCUAGCUGAGAGAAAGCUGCGUCUCCGAGGUCGCCACACCCACCAGGUGCAACGCUAAAUCCCGCUCGGUAUCGACCGAGGCAAUGGUUAAUACCUCAGUGGCUUCGCUCAAUGGUCGGGCAACGACCGCAGCCCUUAAGACUGGGGGUGAAAGGUCGCCGCGUUUGGAUUGCGGGCGGGCGCGGGGCCGUAAGGAGUGUAUAAAACCACGCAGGGCGAAGAGAAAGCAAGGAAGGGACAGGUUUUUCCUUCUCAGGCGUGCCAACUUGAAUAAAAUACUGCGGGGGUAGGUAAGCCCCGCCCCGCAUAAUCGAUCACAAAAUGUGGUGCACGCUCACUAUUUGAAUGGCAAUGCCCCAUCAACUUUGUGGGGCGGCCCCCUCAAACAUUUUAAUGGAGGGGGGUGCCGUAGGUAUUUCGACCCCUAGGAGUUGGCUUCCUAUGCUUUCCCUCGUAAUACAGGGACCCAGGUUCAUUGAAUGAAGCUGGCGAUUGAGAGGUUCAGGCCGGGCGCAAGAAAGGGCUUCCUCACCGAGCGCAGAGUUAAAAUGUAGAUUUUUGGCGCCACAAAGGUGUGGCGGGGACCCCCAGCUGAAAUUGCCUGAAAGAAAUGUUUCGUGACCAAUUUGCGGGGUGGGUUUGGGUUGUUGUUUUUUUGUUUUGUUUUUUUUAAAGGCCGGUGGUCAUGAUGGCUGCACGGCCACUGAAUACACCGCAUUAUGCAGCCUAUGAAAGUGUUUGUGGUAUGCCUCCUCCGUGAUAAAGCAAAAGAAGUCAUCGGGAAGCAAAGGAGCUUUUGAAUUUAUCAGAAAUCUUCUUUCAAGCUGUAUGUUAAACAAAACAACAACAAAAAGGCCUGAAGAAGACCAAGGAGAUAAUGUCAGACACUCUAGGAAGCAAAUGGCACUAAAUGACAGGCUUCCAAACAAAUGUUCAUAGACUCAGAAUAAUGGAAUCCCAUCCACGCCCCCCAACUCUCAUAGCUCUGCUAUAUAUGUCAUCUAGCUGUUUGUUUUCUUUUGCAUACUGUUGUGAUCACUACAAAAAUGAGUGUUGCAUUUCUAGUGAAUUGUUUAAAAUGCUUGUGGUAGCUCUUCAGGGGGUUUUAUGUAGACUGGAAAAUAAUUAGGCCUUAUUAACCUAGUAUACAGUACUUGUCAGUCUGUGGCUCUGCCAUCUGAUAUCACCCGAAGAUUGACCUUGAGUGUGUAGAAGUAACAAAAGUAACACAGCUGCAGAGGUGGACUUGUGACUGUCAAUCAAAACAAUUAUUCGUCAGUAAAACAGCGUAGUACUCAAUUCACCAAACACCUCUUCGUCUAUCUGGUGUGUAGAAUAAGUAAGUGAAAUCAGAGGGGGAAAUUUUCCUAGAGUCCAGCUCUUCCCAACCAGGUUUACAAGUGGUCAUUCUCAUGUCCCUGUGCAUACCUUUUUCUUUAGCAAGUGAGAGACCUGACAUGAAUUCAUGUACUGUAUUAUGGAUUAUUAUGGACCAUCUGAAACCUCAAAUGCUGAAUAUUUCUAUGUCUGUGCUCAGUGAAGUAGGUGAAAUCUCAAGGCAGCCUUGAGCACCAACUUCAUUCUGGGAGUCUGGGAGGCUUCAACACUGCUUCUGAGAUCUAGUUGGCCAGGGAGCCUUGUAUGGGUCAGCUAUAUCCAGCCUAUCCCCAAAUCAAUUUUAUAAAUACUGUGCACCCUGGCCUUCAGUAAAUACUGUUAGCAUUUUUUCUACAGUUUAGGUAUUAGAUGCCUUCAAUAGGGUAAGCUAUCUGUGUAGAUCACCAUCCCAUCUCCAACCUGUCCUUUAAUGGUUAGCUGGUUGCUAUACUAUGUCAAAUAAUCAGCUGGAACAAAGUGGGAUAGCUCUGGCCUGGAGGCUUUUCCUAACUAGGUAUCUCUAGUAAAAGGUAAUGGUACCAUCAUAUGCCAGAUGAAAAAUUUGUUCUACUGAUUCUUACUUCCUUGGUUUUGAAAUAUGUCCUCACUUUUAUGUAGAUUUUCCUCUAGCUGGAAGCUGAAGAAUCCUUACACCGAAUCAGUAGUCUGGUCUAGCGGCUUUGGCCUUUGAAGCAUCAGAAGUACAAUGACUUGAUCAUGAGCCUAAUCAAACAAGUGAUAAACUUUUAAGGAUAAAGGCAUUGUCCCUGUGAUAGACUUUCUGUUUUUAAGAGUAUUGGGAAAAGGUAAGCAAUUGCUUUUUCUGUGUGUGAAUAACCUAGCAAUAUGAUAUUGGGGCUGAAUUUUUUUUGGCUAAGAAGUGACCAGAUAUUUUGAGAUGUUAUUCUAGAAAGUUGUUGUUGUUGUUGUUUAGUCGUGUCCGACUCUUCAUGACCCCAUGGACCAGAGCACGCCAGGCACUCCUGUCUUCCGCUGCCUCCCACAGUUUGGUCAAACUCAUGCUGGUAGCUUCGAGAACACUGUCCAACCAUCUCGUCCUCUGUCGUCCCCUUCUCCUUGUGCCCUCCAUCUUCCCCAACAUCAGGGUCUUUUCCAGGGAGUCUUCUCAUGAGGUGGCCAAAGUAUUGGAGCCUCAGCUUCACGAUCUGUCCUUCUAGUGAGCACUCAGGGCUGAUUUCCUUAUGAAUGGAGAGGUUUGAUCUGCUUGCAGUCCAUCGGACUCUCAAGAGUCUGCUCCAGCACCAUAAUUCAAAAGCAUCAAAACUUCCGCAAUCAGCCUUCUUUAUGGUCCAGCUCUCACUUCCAUACAUCACUACUGGGGAAACCAUAGCUUUAACUAUACGGACCUUUGUUGGCAAGGUGAUGUCUCUGCUUUUUAAGAUGCUGUCUAGGUUUGUCAUUGCUUUUCUCCCAAGAAGCGGGCGUCUUUUAAUUUCAUAACUGCUGUCACCAUCUGCAGUGAUCAUGGAGCCCCAAAAAGUAAAAUCUCUCACUGCCUCCAUUUUCCCCCCUUCUAUUUGCCAGGAGGUGAUGGGACCAGUGGCCAUGAUCUUCUUUUUUUGAUGUUGCGCUUCAAAUCCUAUUUUGCACUCUCCUCUUUCACCCUCAUUAAAAGGUUCUUUAAUUCCUCCUCACUUUCUCCCAUCAAGGUUGUGUCAUCUGCAUAUCUGAGGUUGUUGAUAUUUCGCAUGAUGAAUUCUGCAUAUAAGUUAAAUAAGCAGGGAGACAAUAUACAGCCUUGUCGUACUCCUUUCCCAAUUUUGAACCAAUCAGUUGUUCCAUAUCCAGUUCUAACUGUAGCUUCUUGUCCCACAUAAAGAUUUCUCAGGAGACAGAUGAGGUGAUCAGGCACUCCCAUUUCUUUAAGAACUUGCCAUAGUUUGCUGUGGUUGACACAGUCAAAUGCUUUUGCAUUUGUUCUCCUCUAUUUCUUUGCAUUGCUCGUUUAAGAAGGCCUUCUUUUGUCUCCUUGCUAUUUUUUGGAAAUCUGCAUUCAAUUUCCUGUAUCUUUCACUAUCUCGCUCGCAUUUUGCUUGCCUUCUCUCCCCCGCUAUUUGUAAGGCCUCGUUGGACAGCCACUUUGCUUUCUUGUAUUUCCUUUUCAUUGGGAUGGUUUUCGUUGCUGCCUCCUGUAUAAUGUUACGAGCCUCCAUCCAUAGUUCUUCAGGCACUCUGUCCACCAAAUCUAAAUCCUUAAACCUGUUGCUCACUUCCACUGUGUAUUCAUAAAGGAUUUGAUUUAGAUUGUAUCUUAUUGGCCCAGUGGUUUUUCCUACUUUUUUCAGUUUAAGCUUGAAUUUUGCUAUAAGAAGCUGAUGAUCUGAGCCACAGUCAGCUCCAGGUCUUGUUUUUGCUGAUUGUAUAGAGUUUCUCCAUCUUUGGCUGCAGAGAAUAUAAUCAGUCUGAUUUCGAUGCUGCCCAUCUGGUGAUGUCCAUCCAUGUGUAGAGUCGUCUCUUGUGUUGUUGGAAAAGAGUGUUUGUGAUGACCAGCUUGUUCUCUUGACAGAACUCUAUCAGCCUUUGCCCUGCUUCGUUUUGAACUCCAAGUCCAAACUUGCCAGUUGUUCCUUUUAUCUCUUGAUUCCCUACUUUAGCAUUCCAAUCCCCUAUAAUGAGAAGAACAUCCUUCUUUGGUGUCAUUUCUAUAAGGUGUUGUAAGUCUUCAUAGAAUUGGUCAAUUUCAGUUUCUUCAUCACCAGUAGUUGGUGCAUAAACGUGGAUUACUGUGAUGUUAAAAGGUCUGCCUUGGAUUCGUAUCGAGAUCAUUCUGUCAUUUUUGAGAUUGCAUCCCAGUACAGCUUUCGCCACUUUCUUGUUGACUAUGAAGGCCACUCCAUUUCUUUUACGGGUUUCUUGCCCACAGUAGUAGAUAUGAUGGUCAUCCGAACUGAAUUCGCCCAUUCCCAUCCAUUUUAGUUCACUGAUGCCCAGGAUGUCAAUAUUUAUUCUUGCCAUCUCAUUUUUCACCACAUCCAACUUACCAAGGUUCAUGGUUCUUACAUUCCAGGUUCCUAUGCAAUAAUUUUCUUUAUAGCAUUGGACUUUCCUUUCAUAUCCACAACUGAGCGACCUUUCGGCUUUGGCCCAGCCACUUCAUCAGCUCUGAAUCUACUUGUACUUGUCCUCCGCUCUUCCUCAGUAGCAUGUUGGACACCUUCCGACCUGAGGGGCUCAUCUUCCGGCGUCAUAACUUUUAUAUGCCUGUUGUCUUUGUCCAUGGAGUUUUCUUGGCAGGGAUACUGGAGUGGUUUGCCGGUUCCUGCUCCAGGUGGAUCAUGUUUGGUCAAAACUCUCCACUAUGACCUGUCCAUCUUGGGUGGCCCUGCACGGAUUAGCUCAUAGCUUCUCUGAAUUAUUCAAGCCCCUUCGCCACGGCAAGGCAGUGAUCCAUGAAGGGGUGCUAGAAAGUGGUUGCUACUAAUUCAGUAGUAAACUAAGGAUUUAGUCACAAUAUUUAUAGAUAACGUGAAUUCCCUAUGGAACUUGUAUUCAUAAUAUGACUCAAAGCUCUGCAGAACAAAUUAAACUAGUUUUGAGAGAAGUUAUUAACCUGUUCCAACUCUUACUUGAGAUGAAAGUUUACUCAGUUUUGAUUUAGCAUAAAUUGAUACCUGACCACUAGUGGCAUUAUUGUAUACACAUACAACACUAAUAAAAUCAUAGUUGGAAUGAAUCAUAUUCUAGUUCAAUUCAUGCUCAGUACAGUACCUGCAAUGCAGGAUGCAACUACUACAGCAUCUCUGGCAGAUGGCUGAAAUACAUUCAGCUAAGGAGAGCCGCUCUUAAAUUUAGCCAGUACAUUAGCUCUUAGGCCUAAUUUGUGUUUGUGUCACAUUGUGAAACAGAGAGCUCCAGCGAGUGAGUAAGAGAGCACUUUAUAUUUAGCUUGGUUGUAUAGGGAAUAGGAAGUAAAAGAAAAUUAAGGCAACUUAGCUACAGUGAAUGGUAUGAAAGUAACCAACAUUUUUAAAAUAUGCUUAGAAAAUGUGUGGGAUGAGGAUCUAAAAUUUCUUUUUAUUGGAAUUGCUUUGCUGUUUGAUCAGUAGAUAUUCUAAGAGAUAUUUUUAGGAGCAGGGAAUAAAGGGUAACAAAGGCUUACUGGUCAAUUACAGCAAGUUUGCCACACUAGUUGUAAUCUAAGGAAGGUGCAGUAGAGGGCAGACCGUAACUUCAAAUCAGUCUAUCUAAUUCCUCAUCUGAGACAACAUUACUAAAGCGCUGAUCUUCAACCCCAAUAAAAUAAUAAAUAGAAACAAAUACUUGGCCUUUUGUGACUCUUGCAUGCAUGUAUACAUACAUACAUAUAUAAGUCACAGCUGAAAACUAAAAGACCUUCCAGAACUGUGUCUCAUGUAGUUGGAAAAAUUAUUGUGAAAGCCAUGGUAUAUGCAUAGAAAAGUUUAGGCAUAUAUUCCGGGAUCUUUAGCUCUUAAAAUGUUCAAGAUUUAGUAGGCAGUUGCUGCUUUUAUGAUUAUCAAAGGUGUGUUCCUCUGAACCAAAGCCAUGUCACAUUACAUGUUUGUACAUUUAUGUUACAUGCAUGCACACACAUGAAAUCAUCAAGAAGCAUGAACAUUGUGAACCCAGAAAAGAAUGGCACCACUAGGUUAGCUGCAUGUUAGUGAAAUCAAGUCUGAUUAAAGAGGCAGGCAGUUAAAGUUGACCUGGAAAAUUGGAUUUCUGGAGCAGCCAUAUUCUUGACAAUUAAAUGAGUGGGUUGUGAAGAUAGAGUGGCCUUGGACCACACUUGCAAAUUAGCCACUUGCUUGUGGUAAACUAAAAGUGCAUUCAGGCAACUGAGUGUCUAGAAUGGAAAAUUCUGUCAACAACUUAGGACUCAGUUUUCUAAAAUCUCAGUUCAGUUUUUAAGUUCUUUACAUUACAGAAUGAGUGACAACCUAAUUUCCAGCUGUGUUUCCUUGCCAUAAACCCAUGCACCACCUCACCAAUAGCAAGCACCCCCUGUCUUUCCACCCACAGCCCUGCCUGUGGUAGUUUUUUCAUACCCCAUUCUAGUUAUUUCAUUCUCCAUGCUCUAGGAGAGAAUCAGAAUUUACUUUGACUUUUGCAAAAAAGCACUUCAGUAUCUCAAUUCUGCUUCAUACAUAAACCCUAUAUAGCACAAUUCAAAACUGCAUUCAAAAAACGAUGGUGAAGUCUUUGCUUGUUUUAUUCCUUUUUUAUUUACUGGUGCAGGGUUCAUUACGUCACAAAUUCUUGUUCCGUGACAAGUUCCCCAGGCUUAUAGCUUGUUAAAUGAAGUUCAAAUUCCACUUGUGAAGAAGGUUUGAAACAAGUUUUAAGCCUGGGGAACUUGUCGUGGAGCAAGGGGAAGUCGUGAAGUAACGGACCCCGCACCUGCAAAUAAACAAGGAAUCAAUCAAGCAAAGACUUCAUGUUUUUUUUGAAUGCAGUUUUGAAUUGUGUUCAAUAAUACUUCAUUCCCCCCCCCCCUUUGUAUCAUUUCGUACAAAAACCCAACAGGAAAAGAACAACUCUUGUCUUUUUCCUCUGUGGAGGAAAGAAGCAGUAGAUGUUUCUCUUCCUGUUUAGUUUUAGCAUGAGGUGGUCCUGGCACGUUUCCCAAAAAUCUUCCUACAGGCAAUGUCCUUCCUGUACUCUGUAGAGGCAAAGAGAGGUGGCUUCUAUCCUGCAAGCUGAGCUUUUUACAGAAAACUCCUUCAAUGUCUAUCUACAGCUUCUUGUAAAAACCCAACAGGGAGAGAACCAAGGGGACAAAGGUGUAGUUUCUUUCCUUUCCUGACAGGUUUUUGCAGGAGCCUGCAGCAAAGCAUUGCUUUUGAUUUCUGCAAAAGCCCUACUCUCAGGAGAGCAACAACCUUCCUUUCACCUAUCCACCCAAUUGGAAGGGAGGAAUAGUUGGACUGUGUAGAAUGUUAGCAGUACAAAGUGCUGUUUGUACCUUUUGCAGAAACACAUGGUGGCAAUGGGCUUCGCUUGUAAACACAGCCAAAAUUUGCAGGCUGAUGAAUAAUUGUACUAAUAUUAAUUCUCCUCUUUUGAGCAAAGUUUUUACCAUUGUGGUAUAACAAUGUAACAGUUGAUUUCAGUGUAUUACAGUAGCCUACAAUGUAUUUGUUAUUAAUUUUAACAGUUUUCCUGUCAACGUUUCUUAGGAGCUGUAUAUAACAGUAUCUUCAAUAUGCUGUUGCCAUCAACCAAAAUGCAGAAACCAUUUCAGCUGGUGUACAGGACAUAUUGGAUGCCUUAUCGCAGCUGUAUCUUUCCAUUCUUAAAAGGAAAAGCCUCCUUGCUUAAUACUAGACAGAAAAUGGUUUCCUUGGCGUUGAGCUCCCAGCACCAGUGUCUACAUGCAUCUGCUGCUGUUUGUGUUUCCAAAGAAAGGCAAUUCUUGGCCAUGGCAUCAUCCCAGCUAGAAGACCAUCGCAAUAAAGAACUGGAAAGAGAAAUUCAUACCAAACCAUCUGGUAACUUAGCCCAGAAAGACUCUGUAGAACCAAAUUCUGUAGAGCUUGAUCCCUUACAAGACAAAUCUAUUAGUCUCGUGCAGAGAUUCAAGAGAACUUUUAAACAGUAUGGCAAAGUUAUGAUUCCAGUGCAUCUUUUGACUUCCAGCAUAUGGUUUGGAAUUUUUUACUAUGCAGCUUUAAAGUAAGUGAUGAACUCAUAAUCACUAUAUUUAUUAGUCUUAGGCAAAUCUUUACAGUAAUGCACCCAAUCACUUAUGCAGUGUGUGAGAUAUACACACACAUAUGCGCACACAACCUUCCAUUACAGAUAUUAUUAAAACCCCAAGUUCUAAAAGCAUAUGUAGAAUGUAAUGGUCUAUUCCAGUAAUCUUCCAUCCAAUUUCUUAAUUUUUAUCAUGCAUUUUGUAUGGUGGUCACCCAACUUGGAUUAGGCUGCAACUCAGGUAUGUGUCCCAUAUCACCAGUUGAGGACAAGAUAUUCUGUUGCACAUAACAUUCCAAUAUUUUAAAGAGUAUGUAUGUGUAGAUCACUAUUGCUUGUAUUGCAGGUACACAAUUUUCCUUCCAAAAUGAUGGGACUACCUGGGAAAGUAGAAGUUUUCUCUGUGUCAUAUUUUUGAAGUAUUUUUCUUUUUCUACAUUUUCUGUUCAUUGUGAAGUCAUGUACAUUGCCACUCUUGUUAUCUGGUACCUGGUUAUAGAGCUCUGUACCUUGCACUUUGAUUUCAAUAUCAGAGAUGAACUGAGCUUAUAGAUCAUUCAUAUAGAAGUCCACUCCUGGUUUGCUUUCUUCAUUUCAAAAACAUAAUUUAGGUGACAGAAGUCAUUUUGAUAUUGCUAUUGUUAAACAACUAAGUCUAAACCCUUGAAUAUUCUAUUGAAAAUCAACCAGAAAUCUGACAGUUGAUCUUAAUCCUCUGGUUUAAAGUAUUACAACUGGGAAUAUCUUCUGAAUGAUCUCUCUUGACAUUUUCCUCUUCAUUGGCCAUUAAUGCUUGAAUCUGCACUUUAUACUGGUGCAAUAAAAGUGUGAUUGAUUGCAAUACAGUAAGCCCUCAACUUACGCAGGAGUUACUUUCCGAGCAUUGUGCCUGAAGCCAAAAUUGGUUACAGUCAAAACCCAUAGAGUGCAAUAGUGGGUGAGAUUGCCCCCAACAUGUCUGCCCCCUUUUAUUUUUUAUUGUUCAAGUGCAUAAAUCUGAAUGAGUGUUCAGUUAAAUGUGCAUAGGUUUCAAGUGUACUGUAUUUAUUAAAUAUAAAAAUCUUUUAUUCUGCAGUCUUGUCAGAAUAAAUGUUUAUAAGGUUGUUAGCACUUUAUUCAUUUUGAUCUCUUUCUUUCACAGAGGAAUAAAUGUUGUUCCUUUCCUCGAAUUCAUAGGGUUGCCUGAAAGCAUUGUAAAUAUUCUAAAGCAUUCUCAGAGUGGUAACGCAUUAACUGCCUAUGCAAUGUAUAAGGUAAGUACUUGCAAAGAUUUCUUAAUUUCAUCUGCAAUGUUGUCCAUAAAAAUAUUGAUCAUGUAAUCAUAUAAUGAAGGGGCUACAGCCCACUGAUUAACCCUGCAGUCUGUUAUGACCAAGGCUGUGAACUUCUGAAAUAAAAGUCACAGCUGUGAAUAAAUUUAUUCAAAGUAGAUCUUGCCACAAGAGCUCAGGGUAGGUAACAAUCCUGUGGUUAUGAAGAAGACAGAUUCCAAGUCAACAUUUUGGCAAAGGAAGGGAACAAUUGGAAAUACUAUUUACAGGGCAUCAUGAGAGAUUUAAAUGUGGACAUAAAGCAUUUUAAGAGUUGUACGUAUGAAAUAAGUGGGUAUUUUUAACAGUUUUCUGUAAACUGUACGUAAUGUAGCUGAAGAACACCUUACUUUACCUGCUAUUUUCUCUCUAAGUCCAUCCUCUCUAGCAAAACGUGGUGUAAAAUUUGACUCUUCACCAUUGUCAAACACUUGUGUCACAGUAAGGAACGAAAGACCUCUCAGUUGUUGACGCAUGUGGGUUUAGGCAAUUAUGGGAUAUUCUCUGCUUUGCUGUGUUGCUCCCGGAACCUUAUUUACACUAACUUGUAAUUCCAGACUUGCAAAAAAGCCAGUCAUUUUGUUGUCCUUUAAGCUGCUAGCUAUUUCCCCACUCUUGGCUGUGCUUUUUCAUUUCCUAUCACCUUGUUAUAAUGAAGAAAGCCUGUUGAACAGCAAAGUUGCUUGGCUGAUUUUACAUGUGCUUAUUUAUCUCUGUGUGUCCCUGCAUGAAAGUGCUUUCGUUUAUCAUCAGUGCAGCCAGGGAUAAGGAACUUCCAGAUGCUCAACUCUCUAAGUUGCGUCUUUCCUGACCAUUGGCCAUGUUGGUUUGGGCUGAUGGGAGUUGUAGUAGUUCUGGAGGGCCACAUAUUUUCCUUUCUGAGUAAGGCCAUGUGUGUUCUUCCUUCCUCUCCUCAGAAUUAGAUCCUGUAAGUUCUGGAGGCAGUAGAAGAUCAGUCCUUCCAUUAGUGUGUCACCAUGAAAAUACAAUGCAGCACUAAUGGUGUUGGUUUGUCCUUUUUGCAUUUAUCUGUAAGACCAGUUGAAUGCAUUAAGAGGAGUACUUGUGAACCAAUGAGACACUAGCUUAAACCAUGAUAUUGGUGAACUUUUGAGUGGCAAGGCACUUCCUCCAUUUCCCAUAUGUGAAAUGGGAAUAAUAAUGUUGUACCUUGACCAAUUUGUUCUGAAAAUGAGCAAGAUGAAAGUGCUAGAUACAUGGUAUCAGUAUUAAGUAGGGAGUUGUUCUCCCACUGAUUCACAUGUCUUAGAUAUUUCUCUUGUCUGUUCAGUGUGAGUCUGACUUGUGUUCUCAGUUGCUAAGAAGACUAUAAUUGAUUAGAUUUUUUUUCUUUUCUUUCUAUUGGACGCCCUACUGCUAUUAAAAUGAAUAUGACCAAGUCCAGUAAGAAUGAGAUCUAAAAAUCCCACUACUUCUUUCACACCCAAGAGUUUAGGUUUUAAUCUCUUUUGUUGCUGUUUUUCAUGAAGUGAUUUUAAGAUGCAUCUAAGGAUACAAUACAAAGGGUGAAGAUCUAACCCUAGAUCUGUUGAAAGAGAGAUGUGGCAGAUUGCUGGUUUAGCCAGCAGGCUCUGUGCUCAGCCUGGUUAUGCCAGCAUAAGUCCCCAAUCAUUAAUCCUGGCUUAGUGCCGAGCCCAGACUGACAUAAACCUUGGAAAAUGGGCAGGGAGGUGAGACCAGGGAGAGUGAACUUAAUGCAGGAUCCUAACUCUAUUCUGUUUGCUCAUGUAACCUGGCAACGUGGUGGAAUUUAUGCUUGUUUCCCCUCUGCUGGUCUUAGGCUGGUUUAACCAGCAGUAGCCUUGCUCCUGAAUGGAUCUCGCUUCCCAUACGUAGGACUAAGGCAGGAAUUGCCACUUUUUUCAGAAUUGAAGAACAAUAUUGGAAAUUAUUUUACCUUCUCAAAAAGAAUAAAUGUGGGAUUUUUUGUCUUUUAGUUUUUGUCCUCUCAAUUUGAAUUUUAACAACAGCUUUGUUUUGCUGCAUGGAUACUGAAUUGCUUUAAUUGCUUUCCUCUCUCAAUAGAAUUUGCUGUGCUCUGUCUUAAUGCUUUUUAUUUUUCUUUCACCUGCAUUUCUCACGUCGUGCCACUGGCUAGCCUUUUAUUAAGAUCUCUGAGCUUUAAUUCUACUGCCAGGUGCUAAAUAUUUUCCAAUAAGACACUAUCAAGUAAAGUGAGAGCUUUUUCUGAUGCAAGAGGCAGAAAGCAUUUAUAAGUAGAUACAAAACUGCCAAACCAUCAGCUUUCAUUGAAGUAGGAAUUAGUAUAUGUCCUCCCACUUAUUUCCUGAUGAUAUGUCAUUAUGUGGAACUCAAAACUGGGAACAAAGAUUUGGGUGGGAGUAAAGAGCGAGCACACAGGGUACAAGAUUAGAAAGGACAAUCAAAAGCAUAUAAAGGUCUUGUUUAGUCCUUACAUAGAUAACAUCAUCUUCAUGCUUUGAAAAUGUAUUCUUUCAAAAAGCUUCACACUCCACUGAAGUCACUCUUCAAGAUUAAACCUGUACAGUCGUACCUCGGCUCCCGAAUGCCUUGGGAGUCGAACGUUUCAGCUCCCAAACAAUCGAAAACCAGAAGUGAUUGUUCCAGUUUUGAACAUUCUUUUGGAAGCCAAACAUCUGACAGUGCUUCCAUGGCUUCAUAAUGGCUGCAGGAGGUUCCUGCAGCCAAUCAGAAACCGCACUUUGGAAGUUGAACGUUUCGGAAGUCGAACGGACUUCUGGAACGGAUUCUAUUCAACCUCCAAGGUACGACUUUAUUGCAUUGCCACACUAUAGCAUAGCUAACUUUCAAAGCAAGAUUCCAUUUUUUCUUACUUAAGCAGGGCUUUGCAACUGUUAACCUUCAGAAACUUUAAGAAAAGCACAGUAAUGCAGACAGAACUUAAUGAGCUUAGUAACCUUUGUGACAUAUCUUCUGGAUAUUACCAGUCAUUUAUUGUCCAUCAUCUCAAGUAUAUAAUACUGGAGAAUUCAUCCUUUUGCUGUAGAAGGCUGCAGUCAUGAGUCCUUCAAGCAGACAUACGAUUGGACGCUAAAUAACUUUGCACAGGACUAGGAAAGUUUAUUUCUGCAAAUUCUGAAGCUACCUGACCUGUUCAACAAUAUCUGGCCUGAUGUGCAGAUGGGAAAUUAACCUUUGGAUUUUACAUGUCUCUAAAUAUUGUAAUACGGUUCUCAGCUGAGAAAAUAUAUUUAAAUGCAUAUUUUAGGAUGAAAUAGGUUUAGGAAAUAAACACACUGAAAUAAAAGCAUGUUUACAUAUUUUUUUUUAUCAGAAUAAGUAUUUAAAUAUGAAUUUUCAUGCAGGUUUUUAAAGUUGCAGAUGUAUGCUGAAACAGGACAGGAUAGACUUCUCAAUGAGCACAUGCAAAAUUGAAGUGAGACAGAAAUAGACUGAUCAAUCCCGAAACAACUUCAGUUAGUAACGUCUAGAGGAUGUGGCAGAAGGUUAAUAAGCCCACAAUAUAUGUCUGAUUUAUUGCCCUCUCCUUAAAAUACCUACCAUAACAGAGUAAUGCAGCAUUGUUUCAAUAAGGAAUGAAAAGGUACCCUGACCACUGUCUAGCCUUCAUAUGCGCAUGUUAUCCUAAAGAUACUUCAACCUAAUUGUCAGUUUGUUUGAUAUUGAAUAGCUGCUGCCUUACCAUGUAAAGCUUGUUGUGACUUGCACACUAAUCCUAUUUCCUAGUGCUUCACUUCUAAAGGAUCAGGUUUAAGAGUCUGGAGGGGGCAUGAUCUAACUAUAUUGUUGCUAGCAACCAUUGCUAGUUCAGCAGCAUCCUCACUGCUGCUGCUGCUGCUGCUGCUGCUGCAGUAUUUGUCAGCUCCUGUCAGGCAGCGAUACUUACUUAUACAAGGGAAGAUAUAAAAAGACUGCCCCAUACCUCGUGUUCAUUUAGCAACUGGAAGGUAUACUGAAGCUUGGGAAAACUCGCACAUAUCUUUUCAGAAAGUAGGAAACUGGGAUGGCAGGGAGAGUUUUCCUGCCAGGGUAAGGAUGAUGCUUAACUUAAGAGGUACAAGUAGUUUUUGUGCUGCUGCAGAUAACAAUGAUAGACCUGUCAGGAAUUUUGCCUGGUAAGAGGAAUUUGCCGUUGAAGUUAUACAUGUAUGUGUAUUUCCCUCCCUCUUACUGACAAGAUUGCAACUCCGGCCAGAUACACAGUGACUUUAGGAGGGACAUCUAUCACUGUAAAGUACCUUCGUAAGCAAGGCUACAUGUCCACACCACCUCUAGUCAAGGACUACAUUCAGGAUCGAAUGGAAGAAACGAAAGAGCGACUAUCGGGGAAAAUGGAGGAAACCAGAGACAUGAUUAGUGGCAAAAUGGAAGAAACAAAAGAGAGGCUGACUGGGAAGAUGGAAGAAACAAAAGAGAGGAUAACAGAAAAGAUACAAGAAACAAAAGAUAAGGUUUCAUUUAUAAAAAAGAAAGAAUAGGGAAAUUGGCGGCAAAACCAAAGCAUUUGUAACUCUUUAGCAAAUGUGGAAUGUAUACACUUGCUGCUUUUUGUUUCUGCUUGUUUUAGAUGUUUUGGGCUGAUUAGAAAGUGCCAGUGAUUUGAAAACUAAAACAAUAACAUCUAAGGCUCACACCCAACUUUAGAAAAUUAUUGCAAUAUUUUCAAGUGUUAAGAUUUGGGACCAUAGCUAGGUCCCAAAGUGGGGUUCUGUGGUCUGCCUAAUUAUGACCAACAGUCUUGUCUGGAUCUUUGUGGAGAAAGAACAAAGUUAUCUACACAUCUGAUUUGAGCUGACCUAUUUGUCACUGUUAAGUGUCUUGGAAGCAAUGUAUGAGAAUGUUUGGGUCAUGUACACAAACGUAUUUUGGAGAUGGUGUCAAUAUUUGUAAAUCAUUUAAUCAUAAUAUUCUUAAAAGAUCAGGUAAUUAUAAAAUAUAUAUUACUGCUAUAUUCUUAUAAACAGUUUACUGAAUGGUGUAUGAGAGAGAGACUGCAAAAUGAUACUAAACUUAAUUGUAUAUUUCAAAUGUGCAAUUGGAUUGAUUAUUCCACGGUUAGACUAAAAAUGUCAUGCCAUCAUUAAAAGUUUUGAAAAUGGAGAAGAUAAACCUACCUCUGCAUAUGAAUAGUCAUUUACAUUUUCAUCAUUGUGUUUAGAGUAAAGACUGAUAGAUGCUGCUGCCUUUUACAUUGAAGAAUCCUAGAAAAUUUCCACAAAACUUCAGCAUUACUAUACUGUUGAGUACUGUGGAGUAAUCUAAAAUUUACAGGUGUGAUUCUUAUGAUUCCCAUGUUGUUGUCAUUUUCUAUGGGUGGUAGACAGUUAAGUUUUACUCAGAGUAGACCCAUUGAAAUUAAUGGCCCUGGCUUAGCCUUGUUCAUUGGUUUAAGUGGGUCAUCUCUGAGUAUAUCUUCAUUGAAUGCCAUCCAAAGUUACCUGUUCUGUCUGAAGCAUAACAUGGCAUUUCAGUUCUCCUAUGGUUUUGUUUUUUAAAGCGCUUAUAAGCUGGAAUAUAAAGGAGUACUGCAUUGGAGUGGGAGAUCCAGAAACUCAUGGUGCACCCUUUCAACCUCUUGUGUAUGUAUACCACUGCUUGUGCUGUGACUGGUGGAAAAAGGAGCCAGUGAUAGGAGGAUUGCACCCAAAGCAGGAAACGUUUUUUGCAAUCUGGUUACCUUUAAGCUAUAUGAAGGAAGAUAUGUAUUUAUCCGUCUAUUUCUAGACUUGCUUCUUUUAUUUCUGUCAAGUUACCAGAAAGCAUCUGUAGAAUUAACUUCAUAAAGGCCCUCUUUCAGGGACAUUGUGAGAGAUGCUGCGAGAUUGAUGGCAGUCCAGGAGGCAUCUGCAAAGUCCAUUGCCAAAAUGUGCUCUGACUACUUUUUCAUGCUACUGAUUUAAGGAAUUGUUUUCUUUAAUGCUUUCAGGUAUAAGAGGGAAGCACUUACCAACAAACCAUCUUGUGCAGAGCAAUUAAGACUUUUGAGAGUUACACUAUUACAGGGUGAGUCCUUUAAAAGAUGCCCCAUGGAUACAGAGUACCCAUGUUCCACGGGACCUCUUUUAAAAGACUCACCCUGUAUAAGAGUUCAAAGACAGUAUUCUACAAUGGUAUAAAUUGCUCCCCUCUUUACAUGGUCAGUUUUCAAUGGUGAGGCUGAACUUACUGCCACUUGUGUGUCCUAGACUGAGUUUGUUGAAUCCAUCUUCCAAGUGCUCACCAUGCCUUUUUUCUUCCAAGGUAUGUUUCCUUUGGUCCCAAUUGUGCAGGAUGAGCACCACUCGACACUACAUGUUCAUCCUGGCAUUACUGUAUUAGUUCAACUGAACUAUCCAAAAUACCCCUGAUAUGAAUUUUUCUCCUUUCUCUCAUCACAUGGAAGAUUCCAGUGUCAUUCUGGCAGCUGGCAAUGAGGAUUUUCUGUGUACAUCAGGAAGAAAAAUAUGUGAUAAAAUAGGUAGUUGUAUCCACCACCAGGUGGAAUGCUCUUAUAAGCAUGCUUUGUGAAUGGGACUGGAUGCACGAGAGAGAAGACAUUGCAGUUGGCUUUUUGUCUUCCCUUUGUCUUUCUUGUAUAUUUUAAUUGAGUGAAAAGAUUUUGGGAGAAAAUGGCUAUGGAUAAAAUAUUCAAAAAGGUGGAGGUCAAUAUGGCAUUAACAUUUACCACGCCAAUUUUAAAUUGCUUUAACUGCAGGUGUCAAACUGGGACCUCCCCUGUUGCAGAGAUUUGAAUCAGCAGCCAUUUUCACAAAGUUUCUUAGCAUAUGUAAUAAAGCUGAAAAUAACAAAAGCAAUAUGAAAGCAAGGCACGUGGCCAGCAUCGGAAGACGCAGGGAACUGUGACCAUGGUUGUGCCCCUAUAUAUUUGGGUCAAAAAUAAGCAGCCCUAAUGUUAGUCUGAAUUCAAAGUGGGCACCUGCUUAUUAAUGAGAUGUGGUUUACCUGGCCUUGGACCCUGGUAUGUAUUGGUUUGCUUUUUCCAAGGUAGAUGUGCGGAUCUUGCUAGAGGAAAGCCCCAAAGGUUGAUACUUAGAACAGCAUACUUCAGAAAGCAGCACUGAGGUCAUGAGGUCAUCACAGCGUGCAAGGACAGCAUAGUCAAAAAUGAGAGCCAUGGCUGGAAGUGAAGUACCACCUUGGCCUUAAGCGCAAUAUUUAUUUUAUUUUUCCACAAAGAGCAUGUUGGAGAGUUAUGCUGUCGGAUGUCAAUUGCAUGGAUGUUAGCUUUCACCCUAGUACAGAGCUCGCCACUUUUACCUUUGCGUAUAUAAUACACAUAAAAUAGUACAGGGGGAAAUAGAUUUCUAGGCUGCAGUCCUCUAUUUCUGAACGACUUUCCCUUGCUUGUCUCUGUACUUUUAAGCCAAGUUUAAAAGAAUAUAUUCUGGUUUAAUGUCAGUCUAUUUAAAAUGAAACAAUUCCAUCCUCUUUCUUGAAAUAAAAUUUGUGUUUUGUUGUAGUGAUAACACCUAGGGCUUAAAAAUAAUAUUGGGGUGGGAUGUCAUGCUGGUGUAAAUGGAAGCAGUAUCUGCAUGCUGCUGCUAGACUUGAUCAUUCAUUUCAGUGUGACUUUCCCUGGCUCUCUGCGCCAGCCACACUGAAGGAAGAUGGCAAAGCCACAAUAUUUGGUGAAAUGUUCUGUUUCAUCCACUAUCCAAUUUAUUCCUUGACAAGUUUGCCUUUUUCUUAUAUCCACUGUAGAUGGAUCUUGCUGGAAUAAAUUUUGCAAAGUACCAUUAUUAAAGUACUCAUGGCACAUCAUUACUGUCUGUGGGUUCUUCUUGUGUCACUGGCUGAGAGGAUCUGUAAGUUAUAACUCCCUUUCACCGUCCUCCAAUAUGCUUUCAACAUUAUGCUGAUAUAGAUAUAAGUUGUGUGUAGUGUAUGAUUUUGAAAAGCAAUUAUCUUUUAAAUGAUUUUUUUCAUAACUUUUGUAUCCUUACUGUGGAAAUAAUUGUGCUGAGACUUUUGCUUGGAGUUUGCAGAGAUGCUAUUCUGAUUUUCCCUAAGCGCUAAUGAUACUCUUCUGAAAAAUAAACUUUUGCUUGUGAAAUGGUUGUAAUAUUAAAUUGCAUCACAACCAUUCUCCACUUGGUCCCUAAUAACUAGUUUGCUGUUACAACUUUUCCUUUGAACUGUUUUCUUUACCACCGUAAUUAUCUUUGUGACUCCCAUCCAAAAGAGAAAACAGACAAAUGGAGAAAGCUCCACUGGACCCAAGCCAUUUGCUUCAAACACCUUGUGGCCUCAUGUAUUCUAUAUGAAUUACAUAAUUCAAUAUGGGGGGAGGGAACUUGCUUCAUAGCAAGAGAGCCAAACAUCAUGGCUUUUCAUUCAUUCUUUGGUGAAAGGGUUCUGUUUUAAUACUUCAGUUAAGCCCAAAUCCAUAAUAUUUCCCUCCAAAUAACUGGUACUAAUUCCAACAAAUUUCCCCAGAAAAGUAUGGAUCAGACUGUGCUAUGUUAUCUUCUUAGUUGAAUCAAAACAUUCUGCAUAAAACGUAAUGUGAAGGCAUCUUUAGUGAAAUAAAUUUCUCAGCUGCUGGUGCCAGCAGUGAUUCAACUGAAGACAGCAUUAUCAAGACUUGUUUUGUACAAAUAUAAUGAAGUGUUUCCUGGCAUAUACCAAAGUACAAGUUCAACUAGCAGAUCAAUCCCAAGGUGGUAGGGGCUGGUGUAGCAGCAGACUUCUUUUUUCACGUAGAGAGUAGGACACCUGCAGGAUCCAACAGUCCUUCAGCCAUCUUUUCUUGGAGCCUAGUCUUGUUCCUUUAAUUUCUUAAGCAAAAUAUUAUAAAUAAAGUACUUUUUAGAUGCAGAAAGUUUUUGUCACCAUUUUUAGAAUAAGUAUUAAAACAGCAUGAGACACUUUGGUAUUUCAACACUACUAGGUUGUCAAGUUUCUGUCUAACAUAACUGUUAUGAACAAACAAGCUUUUUAAUAGGAGUAUUUUACUUAGAAGGUUUCAGACUUUGGAAAUGGUCAGAUGUAAAGAUCUCUCUGGGCAAGUUUCCAUAAGUACACUGGUCUGAGGCUUAAACAUCACAUGAUAGCAAUUGCAUAAAUGCUUCCUCUGCCAUUUUUAUAUGAUCAAGGGUCUGGAAACCAAGCCUUAUGAGAUGCAUGAUUGCAUCUCUCAUCUUGUUUCAGCCGAUGGAGAUCCAGUCAACUUUCUAUUACUGCACCUCGUGUGUGAAUUAGCAUUUUCAUAAAUCCAGGGCUAGUUUGGGUUUAAAAUCGAAGCUUCUGUGCUUUGCAAUACAACAUCUGCUUAGAACUGGAACCUGAACAAGGCCCACAAAGUCAAUAAUUUAUUCAUCCAUCACAGCCUAUCCAGGUCACUCCCUGUGUCCCUAGAGUACCUGGGAAUUCCAACAGCCAUGUUUACUUGACAUCUGAUUUUAUUUUAGCUUGGAAGCUACAUCUCAUGAACUUGCUGCAUGUCUCGCUGAAACAAGAUGCUAGAUAAUGUGUGCACAGAAUCUGCAUGCAACAGACUCCCAGGUAACCUGAUUUCAUAUUGGCAUAGCCUUUGUGUUUUUUCCUCCUUUCUAUGACUUUUCUGUCAGGUUUGUUUAAUGCUCUGGUCUUCUGGUUAUGUGUGAUCCCUUUGGGUGGUUUGCUUAAUAAAAAUCAAGCUCUAUCCUUCUGCAUAAAUCGUUUACUGUCACCCAUAAUAAUAAUUACAGAAUCUUAAUUACCUCUAGCAAUUAUGUGGCUAGUCUGAUGAGGACAAUUCUGUAAGUAGAAAGAACACAUCUUGAUUGUAUAAGCCUGCAAGCAAGCCUGUAACAUUGAGUUUGUUUCCCAGCCUGAUUAAUUGAUGAGACAAUCACAGGCGACUCUGUGCAUUAAUAUAAACUUGGUUUGUUGCUUUUAAAGGGAAUUGUCAGCUUUUUAAAAAAAGAAAAGAGAAAACAUACAGUAUAGUGGUAGAUUUUUAUUAAGGGGAUGUAUUUGGACAUGCAAAUGUGACUAGAAUAAUAAUAGGUAAUGGAGAACUUGUCCACCACAAUGUAAGUAAUGCAAGGUACACAAAAGGAGAAGUCAGCAGCUUUUCAUUACUGAUAACUAUUCUCUAAUGACUGUAGGAUUGACUAUAGCCAGGGUUAACACUGGUGUGUGUGUGUGUGUGUGUGUGUGUGUGUGUGUGUGUGUGUGUGUGUGCGUGUGUGUCUUUUAAGGUGAUGUCUUGGUUAUAUCAAGCAGUACCUUGGGGUAGGGGCAGCAUUAGAGCAGGAAUUGCCAUGUUGAUACUUGUAGUCCAACAUUAACUGGUGGGUGCCCACAUUAGCCAUUCCUGCUUUCAUAUAUUAAGGUCUAGAGAGUAGAGGAUAUAGAUGAGAAAGAAUAACAAAUCUGUUAUACAUUCAAAAGGAAAGAAACUAAAUAAAUAGAAGGCCAAACGUCAGCGGUGGACCAGAAGGCAUUGUACAGAUACUAGAUAGAUUAUAAUGGUGCUUAUCAGCUAUAUUUCCAUUUUUAAGAAUAAAUUUACAAGCAUUUAACAUUUAACAAUAAUUUGACUUAGUAAAUUUGGAAUUGAUUAGAGUUGUUGAUUAACUCCAAUCACCAUUGGGAGAACAUUCCAUCCCCAACCUCUGUUAUGCAGGCCAUAAAUUCUCAGACGUUUGAACGUCUUUCCACAUGGGACAUCUUGAGUUUCCAUGGAGGAACAGCUUCAUGACAUCCCUAGUUGCAGAUGCCCCUUCCCUGCACGGAAAGGGCCGUAGAGCAUCAACUUUACAUGAAGAAGGUUGCAGGUUCAGUCCCAGGCUUCUACGGGUAGGGCUGAAACGUCUCCUGGAGAGCCACUACUAGUCAGACUAGACAACACUGAGGUUGCUGGAGGUGGUGGCGGCUACUAGCCAUGUUGGCUAUGCUCUGCUUCCACAGUUCCACCAUGCUGGAAAGCAUGAGAGGGGAGAGUGCUUUUCUGCUCUGAUAUUGCUUGUAGAUUUCCCACAGGCAUCUGGUUGGCCACAGUGAGAACAGGAUGCUGGACUAGAUGGCUUGAGCCAGCAGGCUCUUCUAUAUAUGUUAUGUAUCCUGUUAGGUGUUUGUUGGAAGAUCCUUUGAAUACCUUGCUCUUUUGUAAUCCGGCAGUGGGUUGAUGCUUUGGUCUAGGUGCUAGUGCAGGCAUCCCCAACCUUCAGCCCUCCAGAUGUUUUGGACUACAAUUCCCAUCAUCCCUGACCACUGGUCCUGUUAGCUAGGGAUCAUGGGAGUUGUAGGCCAAACCAUCUGGAGUGUCAUUGGGUAUGCCUGUGCUAGUGCUAUCUGAUAUUAGUUUAGCUAGCAAGGAGGCUGGAUAAUUUUUAGCCAUGUCAUUCACAUUUAGAAAUUCUCGCCCCAGAGCAUUUCAUUCCAUACUGGCUUUCAGAAAAUUUGUGAACAAAGAAACCUUUCGUAUGGGUGUGCACUUGGAUAUUGAUCAUUGUCUUGCAAUAGGUUGUGGUGGUUUUUUAGCCUGCCGUGGUGUUCUAACAAUUAGACAGCUAUGGUUGUUGUAUGGCUUCUGGUUUUAUUGAUGUGUUUAACUGGCUGGUUUAUUGAUUGUUGUAAUGCCAUGUUUGCUACCAUAAGGGCACAUUUUGGAGCCACGUAUGGGCUAUAAAUUUCAGACAUGAAUAAAUAAAGAUAAAUCAGCCCGACCUUAAGAAUUGCUAGCCUCAAGCAUAGGAACUUGUAGGCGCCAGCUAUGAGACCUGCUCCACAGACUGUGUCUUAAGAAAAGCACCAACAGCUAGAAGUGGGUACCCCAUGACAAUGCAGUAAGGGGUGUGGAGAGGAAGGUGCAAGUAGAAGACCAUGCUCAAGUGCUUUAUGCUUUUGAGGAGGACUUAGCAGAUUUGAAGCCUUGUUGCUGCUGCUCCUACAAUGUGCAUCAAGUAUUAAAGCUGCCACAAUAAGUGAGGUUUACUUUCCAAUUGGUAAAUGGGCUGCAAUAAGAUUUUGACUUUGAAAAGAGCACAUAUCCCAGUUGGCAACCCAGUUGGCAACUAAAGGGCUUGAUUUUAAAAAUUAUGUAAUCCCAUUCAUGCCAAUGAGCUCAAAUCACAUUAAAUCCAAAUCCCCUGCCUUAACUGAAGUGUCGAUUGGUCCUAGCUACUUCAGUGACAACUAAAUAGCCUUAAAUCUGAGUACUUUGAUUUAAUUAGGUUGGGAAUCCCAUGAGAGACACUUAUUUUGCUGGACCCAUUUUCUGGUUAUCAAACAAGAGAACAACAGAAUGACCAUUCCCUGGGCACUUUGAGGAUGACUUGUUAAAGAGAGAUAUAUUUAUUUCUUAAGACUUUUGGAAUCGCAUUGUUAUCCAUGCUGGGCAGUGGCGCAGUGUGCCCUGAUCCUCAGUCUCUGAAGCAUUUCAAGCCUGGGAAUGUCACAUUUACCAUGAACGGAUAGGGGAAGGAUGUACACACACACACAAGGGUGGGGGGAAAGAAUCUUUUCUGUAGUGAGAAGAAUAAAACUGGUUUCUUUUCUCUUUUUUCCUUGCUAAGAGAUUCCUGCUGUGUAGGGUUAAAUGUAGGUCAAGCUGUCUGAGCCUUGUGUCUGCAAUCUGCAGCACACUCAACACUAGAUUAAAUUGGGAUUUUCCACUUACUCAACUGUCAAUCUCCGUAAUAUCGGUAAAAGUUAAAUUAAUCAGGAGUGAGCAGGGCCUGGCUCUCAAGGGGGCUACUUGAGCUCCGGGGUGUUGCUUAGGCUUGUUGCAGAGAGGGGGAAAGAUAUGGUUUCUGUCACUAAGAUACUGCUGUGCUCUGGCUGUUUGCCUAGAAGCUUCAGAAUCUCAGAGAGAAAGAAAAAAUGUGCCGUUGUUAACACAGAUCAGCAGAGCUGUUGGUUUUUCUUUCUAAGCACUAAUGCCACACAAUUUGCAUGAGAGGCCCACAAAAAACAUGUCCAUUUGUGUUCUCUUGGAUAAAUCAGGUUGCACUGCUUUCUUACGUUUGCUUUGUCCUGUAGUGUUGACAUCUCUAAACACAAUAAUGUAAGAACAUGCCUUAUGCAGAAUUAAGACCAUUGGUCCAUCUACUUCAGUAUUGCUAUUAUCUUUAUUCCCAAAACAGCUUAUUUACCAAGCCCAGUGGAAAACUGAGCUGGGGAAGGAGAUUGACCCAUUACAAGUAAUUAUACCUCUAUUCAUUCCUCUUCUAUUCCUUUCCACAAGGGCCUUGAAAAGCAUCAGGGAACUCCCUGAUGUAUUAUGAGGGGGCUUCCUCUGCUCCUUUGCAACUGACAGCAGAACAGAACUUGACUUUUCUUAUGUCACCACAUGUCAGAUAUCCUAUUUAGGUUUGCGGAGACCUUUUAAAGCAGCCUAGCAUAAGACUAGAUUUGCUUUCUGCUGUUGUUUGCAGGGUUGGUAUAUUUCAGAGGAAAUUACUCUGAUAUGUGGACCCACAGAGUAAGGUUAAGUUUGAGGUAUGAGGUUUCCUUGAGGUACUGAGUGCAACUCUGCUGAAUCCACUCCCCUGCCAAAUAUACUGUCUCCCUCUGGUAAUGAGCUGCUCUAAGUCAUUUUUGUAUAACAUACUAUGAGGAUGAGUUCAAUGCCAUAUAGAAAAUACUGUGCCAGUCUGGGGAUUAAACUGUGGUGGAAAUAUGUCCUUCCCUCUUCCCAUCUGAAAGUGGGAGAGGUUCAAAGAGCCAGUGUGGGAUACUGGUUAAAGUGUUGGACUGGGAGCUGGGAGACAGACCCCAGUGAGCUUCAUGGCUGAUUUUGUCUCUUAGCCCAAGCUCUGUCACAGAGUUGUGAGGAUAAAAUGGGGAGUGAGGAUGCCAUGUAUGUCACCUUGAGUUCCUUGGAGGAAAGGGUGGGAUAUAAAUGUAAUAAGUAAAAAGUCUAUGCUGAAGUUAUAGAAACAUUUAGGUAUGUAAGAUUAUAUACUCUGGAAUAUUAUACAGAUGCACUAUACAGUGGUACCUCGGUUUACGAACUAAAUCCGUUCCGGAAGUCUGUUCUUAAACUGAGGCGCGCUUUCCCUAAUGAGGCCUCCCACCGCCUGUGCCCUUCCACCAUUCGGCUUCCAUUCUUAAGUUCGCAAACCGGGACACUACUUCCGGUUUUGCGGAGUUUGUAAACUGAAUAGUUCAUAAACAGGGCUGUUCUUAAACCGAGAUACCACUGUAAUCCCCAUUGCUGGCCAAGACCAAUUGGGCUAACUGAAACUAAUAACCAUAAUCCUUGGAUUUAUAAAGCAGAAAAAGCAUCAAACAAAAUAAAAAUAUGUCCUGGCCUCUUAAUGGAGUGUAAAUGAGGUCAUUUCAGGAGAUGAUACAGGAAGCAGGGUUUCUUUUUAACUGCACAUUUUAAUCAGAACUCAUUCAAAGCACAGCAGAUCAAAAAAAUGUGAUAAUGAAAAAGAAGCCUAAUUAAUUUUUUGUCUAAGCAGCAAAGUCUCAGAAAGAGAGCAUUAGCUAGAAAAGGGAUUAUUAUUUUUUUAAAAAAAAUGAUUGUAUUUAAUGAGAAUCAAUACGUUUGGGAGGCUGAAAGCAAACCCUGAACAUUCUACCACAUAAUAGCAGACAGAUACUGGAUUCAACUUCCAGCAGGAAACCACCUAUGGAGAUGAGAGUGACCCUGUCUAUAGCUGGUUGACAGGCAAUGAUUUCAGGAGGCACAAUCAAAUGGAAGCCAUAUUUUCAAACAAAUAUAAUUACAGUGAAAAGCAGAUUAGGAGAAAGAUCAAAGCAGUCUCAGAAAUGAAGCUGUGUACAUUUGACUGGUGCAUUGGGGAUUUGGGACCAGGGUUAAAAAAACAAACUUAGCUUUUAUCUUCUUUAGUGGAAUCUAUAAAAUGAAGCUUUGGGGGACAGGGAGAAGAAACCAACUCUCUCAAAAGUGUUGUUGGAAGAUAUACCCAGAGGAUUCAGUAAAAGUAGGUUUGGAUAUAUUUAAUUUUUAUAGUAAAUAAGUUUAAAACCAAUGAGUCCUAUAUGACUAAAUUGUUGCACUAGCAGAAACCAGCAGAACUAGCACAGUUAGACCUCCCCCUCCCCGCCCAAGAUCUAGGGUGGAGAGAAGCCCCAAAACACCACACAGUGUGGGAGGGGAGGGAGAUUAUGCUGUUGGAACAAGCAGUUUAUUGCCCAAGGAAACGUUCUUCUUGGUGCUAAUCUUAUGUUUUUUCCAAUCAGCCUAUCUGGGCAUGUCCUGAUAUUAACCCAUUUUGCUGUAGUUAUCACUUUUUGCUACAGUUCGACAGUUUUCACAGGCUCCUCCCCCUCCCAACAUACAUUAACUCAAUAUGAGCUAUAGCAGGAAGCAAAUUCACACUGCAUCCAAAAGAAAUUUACAGCCUAGGUCUUCCCCCAAAGAAUCCCAAGACCUGUAGUUUCCUUUUCAUAGAGUAUACUGUUCCCAGCACAGUUGACAAAACUUCCCAGGAUUCUUUGGGGGAUGUCAUGGGUUUUAAAUGUAUGUUGCAUUUCCAGAGUAUAUUCAAGCUUCCCGCCCCCUCAUUUUAGAGCGUCAUCUGUUUGAGAAAAGAAAAAACUGAACAAGAGACCAAUUAACAUCUUGAUUUUUUAAUAGCUUUGUUCUGUGGUUUGACCACAGCUCCUUAAGAACAAGCAUAAAAUCUGUAUUUAAAACUAACAACAGCACUUAGAGCAACAUUUUCCUUUAAAAGUAUUGCAAUAACAGACCUUAGGUCUAAAAACUAGAACAUCACCAUUUGCUCAGUUAAAAGGAGGCAGGUACACAACUGCUGAAAUCUUUUUCUGCAUAUAACUGGAAGUUACAUUAGAAAUUAAGCAGCAAAUUGAGGUUAAAGGGAACAACAGAAGCUUAAAGCAAGUUAAGAUUCCUUGUAGUUUCACAUGAACCACUACCAAUAAAUUUGAAUAUAAACCAUGUUUUUUUUUUUUAUUUCCCCCCAGAUACCUUUAAAAAAGUUUAAAUGAAAGACUAAAUAUUGUAGAUAGUGCUGUAUUAUUUGUAUUUUUGGAAUAACUUCAAAGAAAAUGAACACACACACACAAACAACCGAGGCAGACAUAAAAGCAGAACAUAUGACCCAGUUUGGAAAGCAACAAAGCAUAUGCACCUUAUUGUGUAACGCAGAUUAUAGGCUGGAAAAUUAACACUAAAAUAAUAAUAAAGUGUACUGAAAGCAGGCAUGAAUGCAGCAGUAAAUUCAGUAUCUAAUAGCCAAGUUAGUGUGCAAACAAUAGAAACAUUAUUUGCUAUUUGAAGACCAAGGUCUCUGGUAAUGUGUAAAUUGCUUUAGUACUGCACGUAAAGAAAAUAGUUACUCUGAUAAAGUCUGUUUUAAUUUUUGCCGUCUUAACAACAUGCCUUUAAGCUCUUGUUCCAGAGGGAAAGUGUUUGGUUGUAUGCAGGUUGUUGUGGGGUGGGGUGGGGGGCUAAAGUUUGAUUUAAAAUGAUAGAUAUCUAAUAAGUGGCAAAGUCUGAACGGAGCUCCAGGUCUACUUGACAGGUUUUUAUCAUAUCUUUCCUCACUGCAGAUUCAAAGCAGAUUGAUUAUUUUUAAAAAGAAGGGUUUUGAGGGUUUGGGGGUGUUGGGUUUUUUUGGUCCAAUCGGUAUAAAACAUUUUGUUAUUGCAAUUUUCAACCUGCAUGCUAAAUACCACCCUGCACACAGUUCACUAACAUGCAAGGUUUCAUCUACUCUGGAGAACAUCACAAUAGCGCAGAGCGAGCAAAGAUAUGGUCAGCACAACAAAAGUUUAAAAGGUUAGCACUCCAUCUCCCAACCAAAUGAACAAACAAUAUUUAAACCGUGCACACAAGUUUUUGGGAGGCUACUUAAAAAUAUCUAGUGUGGGUGUAGAGGUGGAAGAACAGAACACAUGGCAAAAAUAUGAAAGCGCCACAAACACCACAGUACUUGAGGAUGGGGAUAGCAAUUAGUAUCCUGGUACAGGACAGAAGUAUAUAUUUCCUAGAAGGAUAUCAACAAGCAAAACUGCAGGCCUGGUACAGAAGUAACGAUAUGCUAUUAAGAGCUUAGCAAAGAACACAUUUCUGAACUUGUUUGGCCUUGUUGACCUCCACUGUGAAAGACAAUGCAGAUUGCUCCUCAGAUUUGGAUCAGUCCCUCCGGCAAUGACCUGGAUAAUGAUUGCUGACAAGGGCAGCCAAACACACACAAAAAAAACUUUUUAAGCACAGCCUUUGAAAGCCACAAUGUCUCCUGAGAACACAGCCACCACGAGACAUGGAGGACUUCUCUUCAUUCCCGUAAGUUAAGUCAACAAAGGUGUGGUCAAGCAUCAAUUUGUGGUCCAGCUUUGCUGGGGGUGGGCUAGAAGAGACCGACUAGGAUAGUUCUAUUGAGUUUAACCUGAAAGGCAUCCACAUCAUCACCGUGUCACUCAAGAGGAGGAAAACAUAGACUUGUUAGAGAAACGAAUUUCACACUCUUGAGUAACAAGGUCAUUCUGAAGCUGUGAACCAACAAGGAUAUUGAAAAGGGUUCCUUUAAAAAAAAAGAAAGAAAAAUAAUUACAAUAUUCUGCUGUCUUCAACACUAAAAACCUGCCUUAGUUUUUUCUGAGGUAUUUGCUUUGCCUAAUAAGCCUAAGCUGCAGAAGCAGGAUACAGUGCAGACAGAUGGUGAACUUGUACUGCCAAGGCAACCUUGCUGAGCACAGCACCUGCCACACCAAACAAUAUUUUCCUUGUUCACAUCAAGGGUCUAAGUCCUGUCUCAUUAUCCAAAUUAAAAACGAAGUCGCAAAAGCAAAAAAAAAAAAAAUGCAAUAGACUCUUUCAUAAGAAAAGAAAGAAAAAAAUCCAUUGGCCAGAAAAAGAGGUCUUGCAAGAAAAGUAGCUUGCAUCCUUCAAAAGUCACCAUAAUGUCAAGCAUUCCCAAGUUCAACCUGCAAUGGGCAACCAGAACCUUUUAAAAUCUUGUCUGUCACAAACACACACACACACACACGAUGGAUAAGUUGGGAAGACACAUCAAGAUGGCAGUGCUUGUGUUCACUAAAAUGAAAAGUGCAUGAAAGUUUGUGGAGUGGAGAAGCUGCAAAAUUCUGUUAUUUUUGUGGGAGGGUAGCAGCAGUAUGUGUUAUUCCUUAUAUCACUUGGGUUAUAAGGACUGGAUAGCAAGCCUUGCAUCACAGUGACCAGCACAUUCCUACUGCAAAGGAAAGAUGUGCAGGGAACACCAAUUUGCCCCCCUUAAGAUCACUGCCUGGACCACACACCAAAUUUAAAAUGGCAAAAAAAAACCCCUGCUCCUGUGAAACAAAAAUGCUUGUCCAUCUUACAUUUUGAAGGGUGGUUUGGAAUUAAGUUCCUGCUUUAACCAAAUCUUAUUUUAAAAUGCUGGCAUUUCAAAUAUAGGUGUUCUUCGGAUUCAGCCCAUCUCUAGGUUGAUCGUGUCAUAAAUAACAAAAAGAAGCCAAGGCUGGUCUAAUCUCAUAACAAGUAAAGCAACAAGGAAAAAUCAGCAGCUAGCUACAACAUUAAGUAUUUAUGCAUUUAAAGUGACACACACAAACACCACUCACAAGUGACUCCUUACAGCAGAGAUGCAUCAAGCAACCAAUUAUCAUCAACAGGCUAAUAAUCAAAAGUGGUUUGUUCAAACUUUUUUUUCCCUUAUAGUACUUUGAUAUUUCAUAGGAAAAUAAAAAUACAUGGGACUUCCUGUCCUUUGUAUGCAUUCUUUUGCAAAUUCUUACAAAAAAGGACGAAGCACAUAAGUAGGCAUUCACAAGUUCUAUGCCUUUUUGUGUUUAAACAGUUAUCUUCUAUACAUUAUGUUACAAUAUUAACAAUGGGUUUUGUUUCGUUUUUCUACCCAUUGGGUAGGAUAUGUGCAUAAUAUAUUCAUGUUAUAUACAGCACCCUUAAAAAUCAAAAUUGAAGAGACGGAUGACCAAAAAAAGCACCAUUUUCAGUGAGGCACAACAAAGCUGGGAGAACAGGCUCGAUUCAAAGGAUCACUCAAGUCACUGGGAAUGUUUCUACUGAUUUCAAUGGCCUUUGAAGUUUCAAGCCUAGAGAGUGCAAGGGGGGUGGUUCCUGAACUUGAGGCACCUUAGUUGCUUAUGAACUAUAAUCGUGCAUACCUCCAAAUGAUAUAUUUUAUACACACAUGUAUACAUUUAAGUCAUAUUCCUUUCAUAACGUAUGGGACAAACACCGACAAAAUAUUUAUUUAUUUGAAGGGCAAAGAUAUGGGGUGGGGAGGGAAAUGGAAAUGAGAUCCUAGCACAUACCAUGUUGUAUCCAAACAAAGAACCUCACAUGCCAACUCUACUUAAAGCAGCAGCAGCAAUACUGCAACAAACAGCCUGAUCCUACACAGAAUUACAUCAAAUUAAACCCAUGCCAAUUUGAAUGGAACAGACUUUCAUGAAUACAACUGGACGACUCAACAGCCAUCAUUGUCAAUACACACGUUUGGUGGGACUGGAAUAAAAGAUUUUCCCGUAGGCCAAUGGACAGUUUUCUAGCAUUAAAAGGGAGUUGGAUAUUAUUCAGUGUAUUGGAUUUCGAACCACCAAAAUUCAUGUAAGCUGGGGAAAAUAUUUGUGUUUGGUCUUGUUUAAGACAUGUUCCAACUAGUCUCAGCACUUCCAUUUGUUCUUCAGAACAGAAAGAAGCAAUAAAAGACAGUAUGAGAGCUUUCACCAAUAUAUUUGUAGUUCUAACAUUUGACACUGGUAGUUGUCAUCACUGUAAUAUUAUCAGAAAAAAAUUAAACCAGGCAAAUGAAUCACCUAAAAAAGUAAAGCCACCUUCAAAACUGGCAUUCAAAAGGCAAUUUACCAUACCACUGACUUCAGCAGGAGUAUGUUCAAAUAAAGUAGUGAGUAAGCCUGUCUAUUAUGGAAAGUCCGUAAGUGAAAUGGUUAGUUUGGCCAUAAAGUAUACCGUUUCACUACAAGUCAAUAAUUGGAUAAUCUGAUUACCUUCAGAGUGCUUUUAAGAGUAUGCCCCUCGGGUGCCAGGGAAGGAGGGUACAAUUCAGUGGGGGGGAGAGAAUAAAUCCUUAUUUUGGCAAAUGAUGGGUGGUUCCUUUGUCAGCAUAACUAAAGAAUGUCAUUGUCUUUUUAUACCUUGUCACACAAAACUCACUUGUCUUAAGCCAUUGGGGUCAUCCAAAUUGCAAGCAUCAGUCUCCAUAUAGGGGCCUCUUUAUUUUUAGGGAACACUUGUUUGACAUAGUCCCCAAAGCCUGUAGCAAGCACUUUUCCAAUAUAUACUAAGUAGCCUAUCCAUCAAGGAAAAUGUAUAUGAAUGAGCCCUGUCUCUAGGAAGACUUGGAACAACAACAAUAGCAUUCUAUUAAUUAGAGUUAAUUUAGGAAGGGAAAUCUUCCAUGGAGUUCUAGAAAACAAGAAAAAUUAAGCCUUGCUUGAUGGCCUUAGCCAUAUAUAUUUUCAAAUCCAAUUCUAAGCACUAGUAGCAGUAGAAACUACCUGGCAGCCACAAACUUCCCCCAAGGAUCAUACCAGAGGACAAGAAGAAAUUACUUUUGCCAUGCCUCCAUUCAAAGAAUGGGAGGAAAAUUGCAUUCUUCCUAGCCAAAUCUAGACAGACACAUACACAAAGGUGCACAUACACUUUUGAGAAAGAAAAUAAUGGAUUUAACAGAAUUUUUUAGUAAUAUUCGCUGGCAAGCAAACAGUGAAAUGAAGGCAAAGAGCGGAUUUUUAAAAAAGAAAAACCUUUGCUCAUUUUUCUUUAGGAAGG